AUGCUACCUCCAGUACCAUCUCUUGAAGACUACGGCAUCUCGCCGGAACAUGGGUUCCUCUCUCCGGAGUCUCCGCUGGAGGUCCUGCCAGAUCCAUACUACGCAAAGUGGGAGGCAAUUGCCGCGAACCUGCAGCCUUUGCUCCUGAGCAAGCGGUUACGAGGCUUGGUUGAUCGUCUGCCCGUUCUUUCAACAGCACAUCUGCAGACAGAUGCCGAGUGGCGGCGAGCAUAUGUCGUACUGGUCUUUAUGCUUCACGGCUAUGUCUGGGGUGGUGACCGUCCUGCCGAGAGGAUCCCUCCGCAAUUGACAGUCCCAUUAUUCCAAGUCUGCGAACGACUCGAGGUGCCACCCGUGGCAACUUACGCCGGAGUCUGUCUCUGGAACUACAAGCCGAUCUUCCCGGAUGAGCCGGCCGACGAUCUGGACAAUCUUGCUUGUCUACAGACAUUUACUGGGUCACUAGAUGAACAAUGGUUCUAUUUGGUAUCGGUAGCCAUAGAAGCCCGGGGUGCCCCGACCAUCCCUCUCAUGCUUCAGGCUAUGACUGCCGCUCGGGUUGGCAAAAUCCGAGUGCGCAUGUACGACAACUGUGAUCCGUACAUCUUCUACAACCGCAUUCGCCCGUACCUGGCCGGCAGCAAGAAUAUGGCCGAUGCCGGGCUUCCCAAGGGUCUCUUGUACGACGAUGGCCGGAAUCCCCCGGUAUACCGCCAGUACGGUGGCGGUAGUAAUGCUCAGAGUUCUUUGAUCCAAUUCUUCGACAUUGUGCUAGGCAUUGAGCAUAGACCGACGGGCGUGGGCCGCAAUGCCUCCGACGAAUCUAAGUCUCGGAACUCUUUCAUUCAUGAUAUGCGAGGCUACAUGCCCGGUCCUCACCGUCGGUUCCUGGAGGACAUUGACUCGAUCGCCAACAUCCGCGCGUUUGUAGAGGCACACCGCGCCGAUCCUGCGCUGCGACUUGCAUAUGAUGCAUGUCUCUCGAUGCUACGUGACAUGCGUGACAAGCACAUCCAAAUUGUGUCACGGUACAUCAUUAUACAGUCUCGCGGGGCCCGUGCCAGCUCUCACUCCGCUGGCUCGGAUCAUUUAUCUCCUACGAACCUGGCUACUGCCGUCCCGAAAGAUAAGAAGAAGUUACGUGGUACAGGUGGCACCGCGCUGAUCCCGUUCCUGAAACAAGCGCGCGAUGAGACUGGGGAACCAGCUAUUGACGCAUGGGCGCGAAGGUUACUCAGUAACAGUCCCGGGCUAGCAGCUUCUGCGUCCUUGAGUAAAGUAGGAGAGCAUCCGGAUGGUCAUCUCGAAGUUGUCGGUCUAUGCGGGACAUGGACAGCGGACGACAGCGAGGGCGGAAUCUGCCACUGGUGA